UGCCAGCUGCUGUCGGUUAUGUCUUUCCGGUUCCCCUCUUCUGCCUGGGAAGCUGGUGCAGCUCUGACUGGGCCCCCACACGGCUGGCAACCCCACCAUGGGCAGUGGUGGCAUCAGAGCCAUCCUUCUGGGGCUCCUGGUCCUCUCAGCUAGGCUUACACCCACUGGGGCCAGAGGGAAGGCGCUCGUGGGAAUCUCUGCCAGGCAUCAGAAAUCUUCUCUGGGGACACCAGAAGGCGAUUCGGGGCACGGAAAACAUGGCAUCUGUAUUACUCAAUGCCAGUCAGAUGCCGACUGCGUAGGAGGGAGGCGGUGCUGCCCCACCGGCUGUGGCUUUGUCUGCCGAGCACAGUGUAGGGGGGUUCCUGACACCCUCCCAGGGAGAAGGUCUGGCUCUCAGGAUGACCGUUCUUGGAUCCAACCCAAAGUGAAGACAUAGCUAUGCUGAAAGCCUUCCUCCUCCUCCUCCUCCUCCUCCUCCUCUUCCCCUCCCUCC